AUGGUGGCUCGUGGAGGUCCAGGUCGAUCGGUGGGCGGCUACCUAUCCCGUACGCCAGAGCGUGACGUGCGACGCAGAGAGUCGACUCCGCUGAGUGAUUCUGACCAGUACUGUGAGGUAGACAGUGACCUUGAAAUCACUGGGUCCCAAGAGACUGUGCGUCCUCGUCAACCCCAGGUGCCUCCGCAGGCCAUCCCUUAUAAGGGUUACCCGUCUCGCGGCGGUCGCAGUAGCAGCAGCGCGAGUGGAAGCGGCCGUGGCCAGUCUCAGCCACUUCGUGGCAGCCAGCGCAGCACAGCACAGGUUGAGAUGCAGAAGCUUGCCGCCUCGGGUGCUCGCCUUAGGCACCAGACUGCGGUGCACAACAUGACGAUGCACAUUCUUCGAACUGAGCAGCAAGAGAUCUUCCAGAACGCUACUUUGGAGGAGCUCCAGAAUGGCCCCCAGUAUGGACAAGUUCGUGCACGCGUGAUGCGAGGAAUUGCAGAGGGAACGAUUGACCAGGCGACCCUCGCCCGCUUUGGUGGCGAUCCCCCUGCUGGUGGUGGUGGUACGUUGGGCAAGGGAAACAACCGACGUGGAGGAGGUGCUGGAGGAGGUGCCGGCGGACUUGCGGGCGUUUAA